AUGCAGGGCAAGCCGCCAUCAAGCAAAGUUCAGAAGGCGUUUGUUGAAAACUUUGAAGGGGCCCUUGCAUCAAGCACACCGGGCAGAACCGGCUACGAAAGCAGCUCCCUACCCCGCUCCUCUCCCCCUGCCGCCUCUAGGCGAAGAGCCGCGCAGGAGUGCUUAGAGCUGCCGGCAGCAAAAAAGAGCUUUCCUCCCCCCCCCGACCAGGGACGCUCCUUUCCAGUAGGCUGUUGCACGGAUACCGUCCCGCGGGUUGUGGAUCGAUGGCUCUCGGAGUCGUGCGGCCAGCCGGUGUGUCGCGUUUACUCUGGUAGUCGAACACUUCGUGACCCUGGAGCAGUGCGGUUGAUAAGAGCUGCCGAAAAUGACAGCGACGCACCAAACUGUGAUGUAUCUUUGGGACAUAGUGCUGCGCUACACGAUGCAUCAUGGUAUCGACACGAAACAGUUGAUGUGGAGUCAAGAAUAAGGUCUUAUGAGUUUCCUGCUUCCCAUGCAGCCCUCAGUCUCUCCAGCGGCGGCUCCGAGAGUGUUGACUACGAGACUUUGGCCCUAGAGCUCGAGGAAGACUUGUAUCACGACGCAAAGGGAGCCCAUGUCAGCAGUGGACCUCACGCAAACCUUGCCGCUGCACUGCCGGAGGACGGAGCGCUGAGGGAAAACAGCAUAUCGAGGCAACUACCACCUCAGGACGACGAAGACUUGGAAAUGCUUGUUGCAGAAACACAGGAAAUUCUCAAGCAACAAAAAGGUCUCAGAUGCACUGAGUGCCCCUAUGCAGCUGCGUGUUCUCAGGACCGGGCAGCCCAAGGUUGUUGCUGUGGCUUCCCGUUUAAUCCUGCAGCGCAGCGACUAGCAGAGUCGGCCGCGGUGCAGCCUUCGCUACAGUACCAGCAUGAAGCAGAAGAUGACUUUGUCCUCAACUUUCUUGUGUCCCACAACAUGCAGAAAACCCUCGAGAUGUUUCAAGUUGAAUGGUAUACAGAUAGAACCGGAGGCCAGACAGGAAAAAGCCUUAAUGGAACCACUGAUAUGGGCCUCUUAGACAGAGGUUGGCGCAUCGGGGCAGCAGCUGUGCGAGUGCUAGGGCACACUGUUUGCUACCCUAGGGCUUCCUUCCCUGCCUACUGGAUCUGUGUGCUGUUUCCUAGGUACCAAAACCACUUGGAGGAUAGCAGCGGAUGCAACGUUUCCAGUACUAGGCAGCUCAAGAGCCAGGGGAAGGGGGCGGUUUGCGGGACAGGAGUGCCACCGGUCUUCGCACUGAACGAAAAGCUCAGAGAGCAAGUUGAGUUCCUGAAGAAGGAGCUGCAGCGCUCAAAGGAGCUCGCAGCCACAAAAAGUGCUUGCUUCGAUCAUUACAAGAAAGAAAGAGACUUUCACCGCAUGCAUCACCGCCGAGCUAAAGACGAGAAGGAAGCGGCGAACGGUGAGUGUUCAAGCCCCUUGAACAACUGGCGGCCUCAGGCUGCUCUCCGCGGCAAAGCCCUCCUAGCAAUUGAAAGGGACAGGUUGCAGAGCCGCGUCGAGGCUUUGGAGCGUCGCCUGGCCGCUCACAGUGAAGCGGGAGGGAAGGAGGCUCCUGCAUCAGAGAGGGAGGAUGCAAAGGACCUCACGCGUCAAGAAUCGUCUUCGGCCGAGUCAGAGGAAGCCCGAGGCAAGACAGGCUCUCGUAAAACCGCAGUAAAAACGGGGGGGGGAGCGAAGUUGAGCGAAAAAGGAGCUUCGAGCAGUGUCAGCAGAUGUGGGAAUGCAACAAAAGAAGGUCAUCCCUUGGACACGCAGUGGCCCUCCGGGCGAAGGGCCAUCCCCACAAGCAGCAGUGGCCAGUGUGUUGCUGUGUAUCCCGAGUCCCUCCAACCCCUCCUUAAUGUUGAAGCCCAUGCUGCGCCCAUCACCAGUCUUUGUUUCCACCCAUCUCUCCCCCUCUCCAUAGACCAGAAGGGGCUUGCGCCAGCAGCAGCAGCCAGCCGCGGCAAACCGCUAACUGCCGACCCGUUAGGAUGUCAUGCAGAGCGCUGGCCGUUGCCACUUGCCGCCACGCUGGCCGUGAGUCCUCCGAUGCUCCGGUGGGGUGGAGGCACCGUCCACUGUACAGACAGGGAGACAAGCGCGGCGAUCUUUGCUUUUCUCCACGAUGGUUUAAAGGCGACACCUGGUUCUGUCUCUGCUGUUGUCCCUUUUACUGCUGUGGCCCUCGCAGUGGCAACGGCAAGCGACGACUGCACGUGGAAACUCUGGCAGCUCCCCUCAGGCGAGCUCGUGAUGAGCGGCAAGGGACAUGAGGUGCGGCCUCCAAAAGCCUUUAGGGGCUGGCUAGGAUGCAUACGUUUCCAUCCACUUGGUGCGUUGCUUGUGACGACCUCUGGAGACUGCAGCACCAAACUUUGGAGCGUCACUGAGGAAAGGUGCCUUCACACAUUCAGAGAGCACACUCGGCCAGUCUGGACUUGCAGCUUUCAUGACCAAGGAGAUUUUCUUGUGACCGGUAGUCAGGACAGCACUCUAAAGUGCUUCGACCUUAACAGUUUGCGGUGCCGCCAGACUUUACGGGGCCACAGCAAGUCGGUUAACGCAGUAGCCUUCCAGCCAUUCACAAAUUUUGUGGCUUCUGCCUCUGGAGAUUCCACCAAAGCACCCCCGCAUAGCGAUACAGGGAGCACACAAGCGCCAAGAAAUUUACUUGCCUAUGAUUUCUGUACACUCAGGUGUGUCUGUGGGACAUGCGGAGCGGCAGGGGCGUCCACACCUUCCGAGAGCACCGAAGCAACUGCAACAGUGUGCAGUUCAGCAGCCAGCCGCAUCUCGCUCUACACGGUAUGGCUUGCCGGUCUUCAGGGGGGCCUCCUAGCGUCCUGCGACUCAGCAGGAAUUCUCAGCGUCCGCGAUCUGAGAAAAAUGGAAGAGUGGCUUCACAUGGAACUAGCAUUUGCCCCCUCAUUAAUUCCCUCGCUGCCACCCUUCCCCAUAUCCUCAGGCCCGUUGCCUUGCAACGCCCUCGCCUUUGACGCAGGCGGCACCCUCUUAGCAGCUGGCAGCUCUCCGACCGCGCAUUUUUCUGGCUGUUUCCCGUCUUUGCAGCGUGGACGUUCGGACAUCGCUCUCGAUAAGGGAGCUUUGCGAGCACAUGGAUUAUGUGCAGGUGCAGACACAAAAACAAAAGAAAAGGCUCAUUUACCCUGA